AUGUUCCGAUUCGUGGCCAGCUCUAGAAGAUCCAUCGGCUGCGUUGGGACAAAACGACCCAGCUGGAGAUAUCGCAGCAACUCUUCUGCAGCAGGACGAGAUGAUGGGAGGUCGUUGCGCCAAUCGAAGGGAGCUCUCGUUGCUUUAUCUCUAGUUGCGGGAAUCUCCUUGGGGCUAUACAUAGCACCCACAUUGAAGCCAGACAAACAAGUUUUUCCCUUACCUUCUAUUACUCCACUCGGUCAAUUAGAUCCGCCGCGAUAUGGCAACGACGAUGAUUUGAUAAAGUGCAUAAAAGAAAUACAGACUGUUGUUGGCGAGAGCUCUGUAAAGAACUCGGCAGUCGAAAUUGACCACCACACCGACAACGGGUUCAAUCCUUCAAAACCUUUGCAUCAUCAGAAACCAAAAUAUGUUGUGUAUCCAGAGUCCACGGAAGACGUUUCACAUAUCAUGAAGGUUGUCAACAAGUAUAGCAUUCCAGUUGUGCCGUAUUCAGGGGGGACAUCAUUAGAAGGUCACACCUACUCUACAAGACCGGGGAUCAUCGUGAACACCUCUAAAAUGAACAAGAUUUUGCAGGUUAAUGUAGAUGAUCUGGAUGCAGUGGUCCAAGCUGGAGUAGGCUGGCAACAAUUGAACGAACACUUGCUAAAAACUCAAGGAAUGGAGACGCUGAUGUUGGGUUGUGACUGUGGGCCAGGAGCCCACAUUUGUGGUAUGAUAGGCACGAAUGCCUCCGGGAUUGGGGCUACUCGGUAUGGAUCUAUGGCUUCAAACGUAAUCUCAAUAAAGGCCGUUUUAGCUGAUGGUACUGUAGUUAAGACUAAGCACCGGCCAAGAAAAUCAAGUGCAGGCUACAAUUUAACCGGACUUUUGGUGGGAAGCGAGGGCACGCUUGCCAUAGUGACGGAGGUGAUUGUCAAGCUGCAGGUCAAGCCCGCCUAUGAGACUGUCGCAGUAGUCCAGUUUCCUUCGGUAAACGACUGUACCAAGUCUAUGGCCUCGUUUUUCAGAAGUGGCAUACCAUUAAAUGCUGUAGAACUCUUAGACUCCGACAUGAUGCGCUGCAUCAACUAUAGCGACCUAGUUUCCAAAAGGUAUGAAAACAAAUCUACCCUGUUCAUCAAAAUUGGAGGCUUGAAUAAAGUCAUUGUGGAAGAAUACGUGAAGGAAAUCAAGAACAUUUCGCGAGCUAAUAACUGCACUACUUUUGAGUUCGCAAAAACAGCUGAAGCUGCAGAAGAGUUGUUUUCAGCGAGAAAGAAUGCCCUUUAUAUGAUGUUAGACUAUGCCUACAAUGAAAUCAGCCCCGAUGCCAAAAUGUGGAUUACUGAUUGUGCUGUACCGCUUUCACGACUAGCUUCUACAUUAGAGCAGCUGAAUGAAAUGAUGAAGGAAUAUCCAAUGCAGCAUAUGGUUUUAGGUCAUGGGGAUGCCAAUUUACAUUAUGAUAUUUUCUACACUCCAGAUCAGUACGAAAUGUGCAAAGAAGCUGUCGACCGAAUGGCCCGACUCACAAUCGCCAAUGAAGGCACUUGCUCUGGAGAACACGGGAUAGGAGCUGGGAAAAGGGCUCUUUUGGAAGUUGAACUUGGUAAAGAUACCAUUUCGAUGAUGCGUAAAUUAAAAUUAGCUCUCGAUCCUAAGCGCCUACUCAAUCCAGACAAAGUAUUCAAGACAGACCCCGCGGAUGAAAGCGACGAGUAA